AAAUCAUGAUUCCAGUCUAUGACCACACUGCACUCCCGGUGCAUCUUGAAGCAACUAGUACAUAGUCAGAGUGCAUAGUUAUAUCCAAUUUAUACAUUCCCAAUCAUGAUGAUCACUUCUGGAUUUGUAGUAAUUCUCCUUGCCAUUGGAUUGCGAAACAUCGAGGCAGAAGAACAUGGUAACGAUUUCGAUGCGAUCAAAGGCUGCAAACAGUAUAACACCGAGAUGGGGUACGAUGACCCACUGUAUUACAUCCCCACCAACACCCUAAAUAAUACAAUUGAUCAUGGUGAAUUUAAGUACUACAAAAUAGGAGUCUUGGGCACGAAUGAUGGUGUUAUUCGGCUUUCUAAUUAUAUGUAUCCUUACGACAAGAAUGUGACUGAAAUAGUUGUGGGAAGCCAUUGGAACACGAGAUCGGGCGGCCGCACUCAGUACAGGACUUCGUCAAAUGAGAAUAAAAACACUGAUUUGGUUAGAGCGCUGACACCGAAUAUGUUGAACCCGUUUCGUCCAGUCAUGUUGAAGCUUAAGCUGUGGGUUGACGGCAAGAAGGAAGUGUUUCACGAUGGUCAUGAUUAUCCUUUCUUAGGAUUUAUGGACACUCAAAAAUUACCAGUUAACUAUAUGGCAUUUACGCGACGUAAUUUAACUUUGGUUUUCUUCUACGACUGUCCAAUGUAAAACGAUUGUUGAGUGGGCUCAUAGUAUGAUCAUGGAAUUAUUCAAGAUAUUUAAAGUGCAUAAAAUAUAAUUAUUACAAUAAAUAUAGAUAUUGCAUCUUAUCAUCCAAA